AUGAAAAAUAUUAAACAAAUUUCCAAUCAUUUAAAUACUUCUGAAAGAGAUCGUCAAGCGGAAAGUCUUGAAGAAAUGCGUGAAGAAAAUAUAAUGAAAGGAAAAAAAGAUCAGACUUUUUGUCAUAAUAUUUAUCUCACUAAAACUAAGUUCAAGGUUUGCGGAAUUCAUGUUGUGGCACUUCCUGAAAAAAGGCAAGCUGCGACGAGAAUAUUGUAA